AGCUGGUCUCCUCUGGCCCUAGAUCCCAGAAGCCCUUGACUUUGCCAGAGAGCUGGCCUUGGAAGGGGAGCAAUCAUGUCCACUGGCUCCGUGGGCUGCAUCGGGUUUGACAGGAGAAGCUCCCAGGAAACCAGUUACAUUGGUGAUAACACUAACCAGAAUGGUGCAAUAUCCCUGAUUUUCUCUCUCAAAGAAGAAGUUGGGGCACUGGCCAAAGUCUUGCGUCUAUUUGAGGAGAAUGACAUAAACUUGACUCACAUUGAAUCCAGACCUUCUCUUCUAAACAAAGAUGAAUAUGAGUUCUUCACCAACCUGGACAAUCAGAGCAUUCCUGCUCUUGAUGACCUUAUCAAGAGCUUGAGACAUGACAUUGGUGCCACUGUUCAUGAACUUUCCCGGGUGAAGAAGAAAGACACAGUGCCAUGGUUCCCAAGAACAAUCCAAGAGCUUGAUAGGUUUGCCAACCAGAUUCUCAGCUAUGGGGCUGAACUGGAUGCAGAUCACCCAGGCUUUAAAGAUCCCGUGUAUCGGGCCAGGCGGAAGCAAUUUGCCGACAUUGCCUACAACUACAGACAUGGGCAGCCUAUCCCAAGAGUUGAGUACACAGAUGAAGAGAAGAAAACAUGGGGCGUGGUGUUCAAGACCCUGAAGUCUUUAUAUAAAACUCAUGCCUGCUAUGAGCACAAUCACAUCUUCCCUCUUCUGGAAAAAUAUUGUGGUUUCCAGGAAGACAAUAUUCCACAGCUCGAGGAUGUUUCUCAGUUUCUACAAAGCUGUACUGGAUUUCGCCUCCGACCCGUGGCUGGCCUGCUUUCCUCUAGGGACUUCCUGGGUGGCCUGGCAUUCCGGGUCUUCCACUGCACACAGUACAUCAGACAUGGAUCUAAGCCGAUGUACACACCAGAACCUGACAUCUGCCAUGAGCUAUUAGGGCAUGUUCCAUUGUUUUCUGAUCGAAGUUUUGCUCAGUUUUCCCAGGAAAUUGGCCUGGCUUCUUUGGGUGCCCCUGAUGAAUAUAUUGAGAAACUGGCAACGAUCUACUGGUUUACUGUGGAGUUUGGCCUCUGCAAACAAGGUGAUUCCAUUAAGGCAUAUGGUGCUGGGCUCCUGUCUUCAUUUGGGGAAUUACAGUACUGCUUAUCUGAUAAACCUAAGCUUCUACCCCUGGACCUCGAAACAACAGCAGUCCAGGAGUACUCUGUCACCCAAUUCCAGCCUGUGUAUUUUGUGGCUGAGAGCUUUAAUGAUGCCAAAGAAAAAGUGAGGAGCUUUGCCUCAACAAUUCCUCGACCCUUCUCAGUGCGUUAUGACCCAUACACCCAAAGGAUUGAGGUUCUGGAUAACACUAAAAAGCUCAAAAUUUUGGCUGACUCCAUCAGCUGUGAAUUUGGAAUCCUCUGCAAUGCCCUUCAGAAAAUGAAAUGAAGAUGUGCGCCAGGUUCUGGAAUUAUCAACUUGUUGACCAUGUGCAUGGAAAUCCUUUUAUUAUCCUAUCUAAAACAUCAGAAUUGUCAAUUUUACAAAUAGUCAAAAGCUAUACAUGCUUUAUUUAAUUUUAAAUGACUGUAUAUUAGCACCCACAAUUCUGUCCAAUUGACCUUUCUGAAUCAUCUCGAUUAGGGAAAAUCAUUCUUUUUUUUCCUGCCUAGUUUUGGAUUAGUGAUCUCCCAUAUUCGUAGUGAGGUUAGUAUACAUUUAGGAUACCAAUUAUUCAAAGUUGCAAAGAAUGACAGGUUUUUUUGUGACUCAGGUUAAAAUUCCACCUCUCACAUUCAAUAGUCAUGUAAGCUUGGAGAAGUCACUUCUCCCUGACCUCUUGGCUUCAGUUUCUUGAUGUAUUACAUGGGGGCAUGUUGAACUUUACUUAAUUCAACACGGUUUCAUUAAGCACUUACUAUUUGCCAGGUGUUAGAGAUUAAAGGACAAAACCAAAAAAGGACCAAAAAACAUCCUUUCCCUCAAAGAGCUUGUAUUCUAAUGAGGGGAGACAUGACACAGGGGAGAGGGAUUGCGCUUGUAAUUUCCUUGGUAUGGGGAACUCCAGUGAGACUUCCUCUAUCAAUGUAGGCUAGCACUUCUUCUGAAAUUUCUAGUCCUAGAGAUUUGCCCAAGUCACCAAGAGGAUAAGGAAUUUGACACAGCUAUGUAAAUACAAAUUACAUGCCCAAUUUGUAAAAGAGGGAAGAGCUCUAAAAAUGAGGUUGAGAGAAUGAGUAUUUACCUCUUAAGAUCCCAGAUUUAGAGCCAUCAGGAACCUUAGAGGUCAUCUCUCUAACCUGCUCACUUGUAUGAUGAAGAAACCAAGUCCCAUAAAAAUGGAGUUCCUUGUCUAAGGUCCCACAGGUACAAGUGGCAAAAUUGGGGAUCUCAAUCCAAAUCUUCUGACUUUAGAGUCUGUGGUCUUAGGAGUAUGCCAGACUGCCUCUCCAGUGUUAAUUUCAUACUGUUGGUAUGUGGAUCAAUUAAGAUAAGAUAUCUGAAGUCCAAAAUGCUAUGUAAAGACCAGAGGCUAUUAUUACUUUGUCACCCUGAUAAUGUGCUCCUGGAAGAUUUUCCCUGCUCAGAGGGGAAAUACUAUACACAUAUAUGUACACACAUGUACAUGUAUGUAUACCUACAUGUGUGAAACACCACACUGUUUCACAAGUCAUGGGUAUAUACAUAUAUACAUAUGCAUAGAUAUGUAUGUGUAUGUUUGUAUAUGUCCAUGAGAAUCAAGCUUCCAGGCUCUGUUUUGAAUCCUAACUGGCACAGUUUCCUACUCAAAUAAAUCAUAUUUCCAAAUCAGGCUUCUUUAAUCUAGAAGACAAUGAAGCCACGUUAAAAAUGUGCUGUUACACGGAGUCCCCUGUAAUAGACACACUCCCACAUUGUUGUCCUAUCAUCUGGACUCUCAUGGAAGGUAGAGAGUCUUUUCCCUUAUCUAGUAUGAUUUUCCAAUAAGGACUCAAAACAUUUUUUUUAGGGCAGUUCUGGUGUCAGGUCACUGUGUGCUUUUGUCCUGGACCAUUCACAAAUUGCAAUGGGUGUGAGAUAAAGAAAGCAGCUGGGCUUAGCCUUUCCUGCCUGCUUCCCAUGGUGGUAGCAGCCAAGGCAGAAGUCAGCUUCACCUUUGUUGGAUAUCCUAAUGGUUCUAUUGUGGAAAAAAAUGUCUUUAUUCAAACAUGUACACAACUCUUUAAGCAGCUGCUUCCACCAUACUGAGACAGUAUGAAUGCUUAGAUGAAUGCUAUUCAUUUGUCCUUUGACCUAAAAGUGUCUUUAUUAAAUAACAUGGUAUCCUACAUUGUGUAUAAUGUGUGACUGCCAUGCUCCUAUCUACUUUUCCACUACCCCCUCAAGUGCUUUUGUAAACUUGAGAGACUGGCAUUGGUUCUAGAGGUAAAAUUAAAGUUUAUCCCCUGAAUGUAUCACCUGAAUUUAUCUUCUAACUCUCAGAACUAGAAAGGAUCUCAGAGGUAAUCUCCUCCAUUCCCUUGUCAGAUGCAUGAAAUCUUUUUAUAACAUUUUUUCCAAUACUGGCCUACCUGAAAGGUUGAUCAUAUAAUCAAGACCACAUAAUUGUAUUGGGAAUUAAUACCUUUUCUGUGCAGCUGGAAAAGGCUGGAUUUGGAGUCAGGUGAAUUUGGGUCUGAAUCCCAUCUCUGAUGCUGUUGCUGGACAAAUCGCUUAAUGUCUCUGAAACUCUUCUCUGCAGAGAAAGAACAAUAUUUGUACUACCCAUGAGAAAGAGUUGCUCUGUGGUUCUAAUGACUUUGUUUAUAUAAAUAUCAACCAUUAUUAUUAUGGAUUUCAAGCUUCAGUUAGUUGUACUUUAUGAUUGAAUCUUUAUUUUUUGUUGCAGACUUUUUCAUUAGGAAGUGACUUUUUGCCUUUCAUUUAAAAGAUUUUUAGGUAAUUGAAAUUAAAUUUUAAUCUUUUAGACAUGUUAAAUUUUUAUAGAAAAAUAUUACACAAUUAAUGGAAUGUCUUCUCUGAAUUUUCAAUUUGUAAUUUAUAUUACUGGAGAGAGCAUCUACAUUAUGGGGUGGAUCAUUCUAUCUGACAGGCAGAUCAUAAAGAUCUAGAAGGAUUUCAGAGAUCAUCAAGUCCAUCCCCCCAUUUUACAGAUGAGGAAAGUGAGGCUGAUGGAUAUGCAGUGACUGGCCCAAAGUCACAGCAGAGUAAACACCAGUGCAGGAUUUGAACCCAGGUCUUGACUUCAGGGUCAGUGCUCAUUCCAUUGGAGCAUAAAGCCUCAUCCAAAUUUUAUGGAUGUCUUUUAAAUGGUAUUCAGUUCUUUGCCACUCAAUUUUGUAGCAAGGUGUCAAAUGAAUUAGUCUCUUAUUAACAACAGUAGCAAUCAUUUUCUGGAUGAUUGAUGAUGACUCUUUAUAAGUGAAGAAUUGUAUGAAAUGAUAAAAAUUUAUGUCUGUGUGAUAGCAGUGUUUGUUACUGAUCAGGAAAUUCAACUUGUAAUUUUUUUAAUGUCUAUAAUUCAUCCUUGUUGAAAAGAACAGACAUAUCAAAGUGCAGAGUGUGUUUUGCAAAUAAACUAUUUUCAAGAGGAAAAAGUAACGAGAA